UUGUGGAUGGCUGAGUCAAGGCCUGGAGCUUGUGCUCACUUGGCCACAGCUGGCAGCCAGAAAGGAAGCAGUCACAGCUGCUGACUGCAAGGCAGAAGAAGGGGGGAGAACCCAAGCCUGGGCGGUGUCUGGAAAAAGAAACCAAACACCGCCAGGAGCAUUUAGCUAAUGGAGCAUUGAUGUGAUCCCCCCUUUGCUUACCCCCUCCGCCCAUUGUGGACGCUUUGCACCAGUAUAAAAAGCCCCAUCCACCCUCUCUUCUUGCCCAUUGCUCCUUGCAAGAGACCACUGUGGGCAUCCAUCCAAGGAAUCUCCCAGUAUUCCUCCAUCUCCCAUACGCACAUCCCUAGCUCACACUCUGACCAAGUGAAGACGACAAACCCUCCUGACUUCACCUCUCCUACAGACCCACAGCAGCAGCAGCAGCAACAACGGCAACAUGGCGAGCGGAGAACUGACUGAGCUGGAGACGGCCAUCGAGAAAAUCGUCUACAUCUUCUUUACCUACGCAGCCCGUGAAGGCAAGAAGGGGACCCUGACCGCCGGCGAGUUCAAGGAGCUUGUGCACUCCCAGCUCCCCAACCUCAUGAAGGACGUUGGGGACCUCGAUGAGAAGAUGCGGACCCUGGAUGUCAACCAAGACCAGGAGCUGAAGUUUGGAGAAUACUGGAGGCUUAUCGGGGAGCUGGCCAAAGAAAUCAAGAGGGAGAAAGUAGGGAAAAAGAAGUGAAGGAGAUAGAUGGGAGGCGGAUGAAUGCAGAGGGGUAUGAAAUAGAAAGGAGGGAACAGAAAAUCUUAAAACUGAAUGUCUGUGGGAUAAGAAAGUUACUGGAAAAUAUAAAUCAAUCUGACUGGAGGUUGCAGUUUUGAAAUAAAUAUAUAUAUAUAUAUACUUUGCUCUGAAA